AUGGAUAAAUCGAAUGAAGAGACAUCAACAGUCGAUGUUGUGAGUAUUUAAAUAUAUUUCUGAUUUCUUGGUUUUCAUGAUUUUUGAAUGUCAUUUUAUUUUUAGAAAAUAUUUAUCAUUUUUAGAUGAGUAUGAAUGGCGAAAGUGGAAGUCAUUUAAAUGAAAGAGUAUUUCUAAAUGUUGGCGGGCAGAAAUUCGAGACUACUGUAGCAACAAUAACUCGUGUUCCAGAUACAGUAUUAUCUGUAUUAGUAAGUGAUCGAUGGCAAUUAGGAGAAAAAGAGGAAAUAUUUAUUGAUCGAGAUCCAAAACAUUUUUCAAAAAUAUUGAAUUAUUUGAGAGAUGGAGAACAUUUUGUGAUUCCAAAUGAUACUGAAGCAUGUGAUGAAUUGAAAAGAGAAGCUAAUGUAAGUCAAACAAUUACAAAAAAUUGUUAUGGUCUUCCUCCUUCUCUUUUAUAAAAAUAAAAAUCAAUUAUUGCAGUUUUAUAAUAUGCCAAUACUUUCGGAUCUUUGUACUCCAAUGAAUGUUGAUGUUGCUGAUAUUGUUCAAUGGAAACGUGAUGCAAUUCCACUUUAUUGGCGACCAUUUGUUCGUUAUAUGGUUGAUGAUUCCCUUUCACUUCCAUUUAUUUAUGAUCGAAAUAAUCAUACACUUGCUAGAUGUAUCGCUUGUGAAGAAUUUCAAGAUCCAAAAUGUUCCUAUCUUUUUGAUAUCAAUUAUACAGCUUGGGAACCAAUGAAAAAUCAUAUGUAUAAUAUGACCGGAGAAGUAACUCAAUUAAUGGGGGAUCAAUGUUGUAUUGUUGCAUGGGAUAAUGGACAACAAAUUCAUUUACCAAAAUCGGCAUUAAUUCGAGUUCCUGGAAUGAAUCAACAAUAG